AUGACGCAGAUGGAGGCCUCGCAACUGAAGCGAGACGAGGAUGAGCGUAUGCUCGGAGCAAUUGAGUCUGGUAUGUUCCAUUCCGCCCUUGGCAACGGCCGAGGUGGUACUCCGAUGCACAUCGACGCGCUAGGUCAUUCGCCCUUGCAGCGAUGGGAUGUCCAAGGCCGCGCAUACAUACAGCGUACGCAUGAGGCAGGAAGACAACCUGCACGGUCGGAAUGGGGCGCUCAGCGUGGCGAAGUGCCGCAGCAAACCCAGUUCCGCUCACCACAGUUCGCAGCGGCAAAGGACUACGCGCGACGAAUGGAGCCGGUCGCACAGCAAGCGAUACGUGUACCAGAUGAGCGGCAGCGCAGGCUCAUGAUUCGCAAGUUUGACGGAACGGAGCUGUACCGAGGUCUGGGCUCCGGGUUUCUGUUUUGGGGUCGGACGUUCAUGCGUCAGAUUCAGUACGCGCAAGCAGCGUGUGGUUUUGACUGGUCAGAAGACAUGAAAACUGACUUGCUUGGUCACUACUUGAGUGGCACGGCCGAGCGGUACUAA